AUGACGGACAUCAAUGCAUCCAAGACGGUGAUCGCGUAUCUGGGGCCGCCCUCUUCCUACACUCAUCAGGCAGCUGUUGAUUCUUUCGGAAAGGAUUACUACGAGCUUGAAGCUCAAGGAUCUAUAGCAGAUGUCUUCCACGCCGUUCAAGAUUCGUCUGCUACUUUCGGCGUUGUCCCAUUCGAGAACUCGUCCAAUGGCCCCGUCGUAUUUACAUUGGAUCUCCUCAUUGACCGCGCAGAAGAAUUCCCUGAAAUCCAUGUCUGCGGCGAGGCCUACAUGGAUGUUCAGCAUUGCCUUCUUGGCAGCGUCCCGACGAAUCGCGCACAUGAGAAUAGAGAUACACUGUCCCCUCACUCGUCAGGCUGCGCAACGCCUACGAGAACCAAGCCGAACCCUCGGGAGCCCCGUUCGAAGCCUAUGACUAGUCUUAAACACAUUGAACGUGUCUAUAGUCAUCCGCAAGCAUUUGGCCAGUGUGAGGCGUUCUUAUCUACCUAUCUCAAAGGUGUGGAGCGCCGUGAGGUAUCCUCCACUUCUCAUGCUGCUUCAAUAGUCGCAAAGGGCUCCGAGGAGGAUUUACCGUCUGGCGGCGCAGCAGCCAUCUCAAGUGCCCUCGCUGCCAAUGUCCACGGCCUGAAUGUCAUGGCCACGGGCAUCCAAGACGCCGAAGAUAACUCCACCAGAUUCCUCAUCAUACAGAAAGGUCCGGUCAACCUCGAAUACCAAGGACUACUUCCCCCAAAGCUUUUUGCAGAGACCGGCACAGAGACCAAGCGUAAAGCGCUCAUUGCAUCCAGCAUCAAUCAUGAGACGCAGGGAGCUUUGGCAAAUGCUUUGCUGGUCUUCAGGAAUCAUGGGCUUAAUGUUACAAGCAUCAAUAGCAGACCGAGUAGGAUCCGGCCUUGGCACUACAUCUUUUUGGUAGAAGUCGGAGGAAGGAAGGAACUGGAGGAUCCAGAUCUCGUUCGUAUGGCGUUGGAGGAAUUGGAUACCACUACGGAAGAAAAUAAAUGGCUUGGAUGUUGGGUCGACAGAUCAGCGCGGUGA